GUAUAUUUGGACGUCGCCUUCAGAGUAAUACCUCUGACGUCUUUUUUAAAUUUGACGCUCUGUAACGGAUUUACCAGAGACUUUUCCAGAGCAUGUAGCUAACUGUUCACGAAAUCGGCUAUUUGAUUAACUAUCGAGCAGCCAUGUUGCUCCCGUCCGACGUCGCUCGGCUUGUUUUAGGUUACCUCCAAGAAGAGGGACUGUCGACUACAAGCCAAGCUUUUAUUCACGAGAGCCCCAAUCUGAAAGAGUAUGCCGAGCACACUAUAGGAGAUGGGACUAUUCCUGCUUGUGUCUUUUCUGUCUUUGGAAAAGGCCUUACAACCAUUUUAAAUGAGUAUAUGGCUGCUGUAACAAAGGAAUCUUCUCGUGAGGUUCCUGCCAUGAUGACCUCGUUGUGGAAAAAAUUGGAUUUUACACUCAACCAAAUUAAGUCAUUGCAGAAUUCCCCAGCUAUAUCAGCAAAUCAACGAUUACGUUCACGCGUUGGAGUGGCAAAUAUGGCUCGACAGCGGACGCUGACCGUGACCUCUGCUGAUGGUGUCAUCUGCUCGUCAGUUUCUGAAACAAGCGCCAUCGUCAGCCCUGCUCACACCUCACACAGCAUGCUUGGCCACUCCACUCCAGGGUGUUACACUGCCCCGCACAACAGACCAGCUUCUGGCAGUGGCACACCGCAGCAAAUUCACGAUGGCAGCCGAUUAGUAAAUACACCCCGGGAUUCACCAGUACAGAUUAUCGUUUCAGAGAAUCGGUUAAAUCCAGGACCAAUGUCUCCUGGUCGACGGAAAUGGGACAACCCCAGGAAGAGAAGUGGCGCUCUGAGCGCGUCCAGUGGUUCCGGCAGAACUGCCAUGACUGUUACUAACAUCAAUUCAGAACCCCAACCUGAAGAGGUUGUCGAUGAGAACUUUCCACAACUAGUAAUACAAAAUGCUCGUGACAAGAUAUUGGGGGACAGAUCAUUACAAGAAAAGCUUGCUGAAAACAUAAACAAAAUCCUUGCCAAUGAGCCAGUGCCUCAAACAUCAAAGGCCUCCUCAAGUACAGUGGAGGCAGACCAGUCCAUAGAUGAAAUUCUCGGAUUACAGGGGGAAAUCCAUAUGAGUGAUGAUGCCAUCCAUGACAUUUUGGAGCAAACAGAGUCUGACCCAGCUUUUCAGGCCCUGUUUGACCUCUUCGAUUACCACAAAAACAAAUUUACUGAUGGAGAAACAGAGGAUGGAGAUUUUAGCAGUAGUCCAGAAGAGAAUGACACUGCUGGACCAUCAUCUGCAGUCAGACCCCUCCAGGGUGAUGAUCCAGAUGCUGGAAAUAGAGAUGCAAAUGCUUUGGAUACAGCACCAGUGACACUGAAGAUGAGAGCUGGACAAGAGCGUAAAACAAGAAAGUCUACUGCUCCCACUUUGUUAAAGAAAACCAUUAUUGGCCCCAGUGGCAGAGCAUCUAGAAUUGAAAACAGUUCAGCCAGAUUGUUGGUGAGUCGGGUGGAUCCCCAAAGUGUCUCAUCUACUGCAGUGAACUCGAGCAGAAAAGAAAAAGCCGCACUCUCCAGUAACAGUGCUGAUGUAACACCAAUGGAUAUUGAUGCACCACUGAGUACACCUCCCCUUCCUCUAGACAGUUUGGCCAGUCAGGAGCCUGCAACAACAGACAGUACCUCCAUCACACCUGCCCUCAGUGAAUUACCCACAGUUCUCUCAUCAAGAGACUCUGUUGCAUUUGCUGUGCCUGAAGAUACACUGGCCUCAAAUAUGGACAAAAAACAAGAGCAUAAACGAACACAAGGAUCUAAAGAGAAACCUGCUGCAGCCCCUUCUACAGCUGUGCCUGUGUUUUUGUCUCCUGUACAAAAUCAGUUGAACAACACUACUAACCUACCUCAUACAUCAGUUUCAAACAGUGAAGGAGAAACUCUGCUGGUGUCAACUGUCUCAGUAGCACCGGAAUCUGACUCUGCAACAUCUGCUGCUGCAGUUACUGCAGUUACAACUGCGUCGCUAUCAUCAUCGGCUUCUACCUCAGCAACGUUUACAACUACAUCUGCCUCACCUGCAUCCUCCUCCUGUACACCCGAUCCUUCCACCACCUACCCCAGCACCCCAACCAAGGCUGCAGCAGACUCCAGCAAUAUAAUGUCUUUGAAGAUCAUCAUAAGUGAUAACCAAGAGGAGGAUUCAUCCAGUGAAGCAGCCUUGAAUCAGGCAAUUGCCAGCAUUUCCAGGCCCAAGAUACCUACCAUCUACCUUUCUUCUCCAGCUAAGUCCCCUGCAGUCCUUGGCACUCCAAAGGCCAACUUGGAUGAGGCAGCGCUAGCAGUUAGUGGCUUACAAAGAUCUGAGGCACAUGCUAGUCCUCUAAGCAGUAAGGCUGGAGCAGUAGUUUCAUCUCCGUUAGCUGGGGCAUCACAGGCUCAGCAGAGCUAUAUAAUUCAGCUACCCCUGGACACCACUAACCCUGCUGUUCCAGGAGCCACUACAAACUAUUUCCUUGUGACUGAACCCCAAACUACCGAUGUUCAAACCAGACAGAUGCUACUGCCUGUUGGUGUCUCAAAGGGACAGUCUUUGCCUACCAACCAAUAUGGAGUGACCACACCAACUCUCUCCUCAGGCUUCUCCACCGGAUCAGCACUCAUCUUACCAUCACCUGUCAAGCCCAUGAUGCUCCCCAUUUCUGUUGUGGGGCAGAAUACUCUGGGGAAGGUCCAGAUGGUGUCCAAUCAGCUUAUUGCAACCCCAAACCGUGGACCAGUAAAUACGACAGAAACUAGUAAGGCCAACUCUCCAUCAGUGGCAACCAAACAGUCAGCGACUGCUGGAACUGAGAAAAAUCUGGUUGGUAUUGUGGUUCAGCCUGUGGUGGCUGAUAACACAGGCCAACAGGAUGCAGCAAAGGGUCCCAGUCAUAGAAGAAUUUUAUGUUUUGACUCUUCUCAAGAGGUUCAGCCACAAACUGCUAAAACAACACCCACAUUUGUAGCUCCAAAUGCAUCUACAUCACAAUCUGUCCAGCAGGCUGUAAAAGAUAAAACACUGCCAGUCACUCGGACAAAACCUACCAUCUUGGGUGGCAACAAACCCAAGAGGAGGAUAGAGCCUAUCAGAUGCACAGCAGAACCCAAGACUGGACUUAGUUUAGUGAAGGAGUCUAAUCCUUUACAACAGCAAGAGAAAGAUUCUGUUAAAAAGAACUCUCGCAAGCAGGAGCAUGCGAUCCAUAGCAAGAAGACCCGAAGUGCAAGCACCAACCGUGUUGAUGUUUCGCAGCCUGAGGCAGAAUCAAGAAGAAGGUCAAAAUCUAUUGACAGGAAACACAAUUGUGAUACACGUAAUGAUGAACCAAAAGCGAAGGAUUCUCAUACCUCUAGGUCAUCGUCUUCUGAUUCUGCACAGAAAUCAGGAAUUAGAAAGGACAAAGAGGAGAGCGGCAGGAAAGAACCUGCAGAGAAGGUUCCUUUGAAAUCACGUGAAGGACGUACAGAGAAGAGGACUCCCUCUCAGGAGAUACCAAAUGUCACAGCUAACAAGGAGAAUGAAAUAAAGGGUAGCACAAAAGAACAGUCAACGCCUUUAUCCGCAACAUCAAGAGACUUCAGCCCUCCAGCUGUCCCUCAGGUGGCAUCUAAUAUCCAGUCCAAGGCUGCAAAAGCACCAUCAAAGACCAUCUCUCUGGCCAAGCAAGCGGCUGAGAUGCUGCAGGACAUGCAAGGGCACAACUCUCCUUCCACCCCAGUUAAAAAAGUUGGACCGGGCAGUACUGACGUUAGUCUUCCUGGGACUGGCCAUAACCAGGAGCCUCCUGCUGAUUGUCCCAGGACACCAUCCCGACAGAAGAAGGGUAAAGAUGGGGAGGGGACUCCCAAGCAUUUAUUGCUUCCCAACACCCCAGAUGUACCCAGCUGCAGCCCUGCCAGUGAAACUGGCAGUGAAAACAGCAUUAACAUGGCUGCUCACACCCUCAUGAUUCUGUCACGUGCUGCCAUCGCCAGGACAGGAACUCCACUAAAAGACAGUUUACGUCAGGAGGGAGUUGAAGAAAAGUCCCCCACAAGCUCAAAGAACUCAAAGAAACGCAAACAGUCUUCUCCCACAGCCAGCCCCCCUGCAAAGAAGGAAUCAAAAAGAUCUCCCAGCAAAAAGAAGGACCGGGAAAGGAAGAAACUUAUAGAUUGUUUUCCUCAUGACUUGGACGUGGACAAGUUCCUGUCUUCGCUUCACUAUGAUGAAUAAAACUGGGCACACCAACAGGAAAGGACUAUCGAAUCACUAGCUUCUUAGGUUACUAUACAGGAAUAGAACAAGCCAUCUGCUAAACCAGUGCCUGUGGUUUCUUUUAGUAACCUUGCCUGAGACCUUAUAAGCCGCAGUGUCUCCUGCAGCCAGUGUAGAACUUUAAUUUCACUUAGUAUUUUCAAUUGAAGGUGAUCUGGAGUAAGAUACUGUAAAAUACAGCCACAGAAAUAAGGCAACCAUGGCACUUUUAAUUUAAUUUUCUUUUGUUCACUCAUCACUCUCACUUCUGUUUCAUCAUCACUGUUUUGUUCUACGGCAAACUAUUUUGUUUUUGGGCACUUUCGCAUGAUGGGUGCAUUUUUUGACUCAAAGCUUUUCCUUGGUCAAUAUUUGACUCUCUUUUGUUGCUCCAAAUAACACUGACUUAUAUACGUACUGACAAAAGUACAAGCACAUGCAACUACACUGACAUUUUGACAUGUCAUUACCAGCAGUUUUAAUUACUCCGAAUGAAGAUCUCUUGUUGUUUUUAUCUUUUUGCGUUAAUCAAAAUUGGGGUAAUUUUAAAACUAAAAAAAGUAAUGUGAAUUCAAAUUUUGGUAGCACAUACAGGUUAGUUUUAUUUUCAUCUCUUUUUUUUUCUUUUUUUUUUUUGAAUCAGAUGCAUUGUUGCAACUAUUCAUAUUUGUAUACUCAGGCUUCAUUUGGUAUUGUAAUAAAACAAAGAAGCAGUCGAGUGUUUUUCCUCCGUGUGAACACACAAAUUGAGUGUACAUUUCAAGCUGUGAUUACUGAACCCCAGAGGCUUCACUUAACAAUUUUUGAAUGUUGAUGCAAAGGUCCAUGUUGUAUGAGGAGUGGGAUAUCAUUUAUGGGAACAUCUGUGGCCAGUAGGGCUUAUAUUUCACGUGUAGCUCAAUAUAGCUUUGGUAUCUGUAUGUCUGAAUAAAAUGAUGUCCUAUAUA